GAGUAGACAGCAGGCAGCAUUUCUCGUCGUUGAAUUCCACUGCAAGUAAAUAUAAAUUUUCCCCGUAUUGGUCUUUUAAACCUCCGCGAAUACCGUAGUUUGCCGCAUGCAAUGUCUAUUUCGGCCAAUAUUAGCGUCGAGGCUCCCAUCGAAAACCAAAUUCAGGAAAUUGCGUACGAUGGAACGGAAAUAUAUCAACUGCCACCAACAUUGUCUGAACAUUUGGCGAAGUGCGCCGCCAAGAUAGAUUUCAGUAAAACAGCUAACGAUAUCGAUUUAGUGCAGCAAACCAUCAAGAAGGAGGACGAAAAGAAAGAUGAUGAAUCCAAGGAUCCAGCCGCUCACUUCCAGUCUAGUUUGUGGCCAUGGGAUUCGGUGCGAAACAAGCUGAAAGAAACAUACACCGAGGUGUGCGUUCUGUCCGAUGUGCUGUCGAUUGCCAAAGAGAAAAGAUUUAUGGUGCUGGAUCCUAUCCCACAGGAACCACCGGAAGUGAAGCCGAUGGUGCAGGUUUACGCGAGGAAGAAAGCUCUCGCAAGCGCAGCGAAUAUUUUAUUGACCGGCGCAGAGCGGUUGAAAACGGCACACACUGAUCAGGGUGGGAACCGAAGCACACCUGAUUUUCAUAUUGAACUUUUGAGGCUGAGGCGAAAUUGGAGACUGAAGAAGGUUUCCAAUACGAUUAUCGGUGACUUGAGUUAUCGCACCGCUGGGUCGAAAUUCAUGCAUCCCGGUAUGUUUGAAGUUACGAAAGCAGAGGACGAUGAGACCAGUGAAGAGGGCAGCAGUAUUGCCGGAGGAACGGUUGGUUUGGUGGCAGGCUCUGCACCAGGUCCUAAGAUCAAUUCUGCGUUGCGAGUGAAUGUUCCGACCGAACUUCAAGGUGUAGCGUUUAUUAAAGUAAUAACGCAAAAGGAUCAAGAGGAUUUGUGUUCGGCAACUGUUAACAUGAUGGGAUCAACCCAACUUUGUCCUCAGGCAGGAGCAUGGCAGCAAACGUUGGAGUUUGCCCAAAAUGUAUUGUUCUGUAAGGAACUGUUCAAUCAGUUGGCAAGAGAAGCAGUUCAGCUUCAGGCUCCGAUUCCACAUGUAGUUGUUGGCAAUCAAAUUAGAGCAACACUGCUGCCCGGCAUUCAGCUGAUUAUAUCGCUUUGUCAUUCAACUUCAUCCGAUUCCAACAACAGCUCGGAGCCGAUUAAGGAUCACGACCAUGUAUUGGAACAUUCGCUUCAUCAAUUGCUCAGAGAGUUUCACCAUAAAAAUACACACCACCCCUUCCCUCAUCCAGCUAGUGCUCCACUUGGACCAAGCAAGAAACGCAUGAUGGCGGGUCCUUCUGCAUUCGAUCGUUACGAAUUGCUUGAAAUGACUAAAUCUCAAACGCUGCUGGAACAGAUCAUAGCUCAAGCUCAGCACAUCUUCACCAGACGCCGGGCUCAGUACGUGCUGGACACCCUUGCCAGAGAUGUGAAGGAUCCACAGAUCACCUCCCAUUGGAACGCUAUGAACAGUCCAGCAAUGUCCUGUGUGAAAAUCAACAUCACAUCCCACGGAUACGAUGCCAAUCUCCGGACCUCACUCGUCAUCCACGUCAAGGAACGCUCCCUCAAAUGUAUUUGUCGAGAUGGGCGCAUAAUGCACAUGUCCUACGAGAUGUGCGAGCUGCGCGAUUUGAUUCUGUGCCAGAUAAGCCAGCACCAAAUCAUAUGCCUGCAGAAUCUGGCCAAGUGUAUGGCGUGGCAAAUACUGUCCAACAGCAGCCAUUUGGGGAUCGGAGCGGUCGAACCGCUGGGCAACGCCAGCUCGUGUGUGUUAGCCUCGCCCAAUAGUGACCGCUUGAUUGCGGUCCAGGUGCGGUGCGAUCCCCAAAUCGAUGUGAAGGUUUACAUCGCUCAGAGCCCCGGGAAGGAUUUCUUCCCCGGUUCGCUGGUGCAGGGUCGACACUGGGAACAUCUCGGAGGGCAUUUCAAGGAGGUACGCUUCGACAAGAUGGAGGGCAAGAACUUCCACAACAAGAUGGAAUUCCUGAUGGCGAGCCUCACGAGCCAAUCCUAACCAUUACUGGAGGAGCUUUUCCUCAGCGUGGUUGACACUGCCAGCGAUGGAAGCAGCAGCAGCAAUCGUCACAAUCCGGAUUUAGGACAGUUCUCACUCGACAUUAGCGAUCGGAUCGAUUGAAAGCAGUAGUUGAAGUUUGUAUUAACAUUCGCUAACCACGCGAAUGCAGCAGCUGCAGUCGCAAGUGAUAUCGUAAUCAUUUCAGCGAGUAUUUUAUUGUGCUAGUGUGCGAAUAUUUGAAUAUCUUAAUUAGUUUUACAAAAUAAAUAUUUACACUGACUAA